GGCAGGGCAGCGCGGUGCCCGCGCAUCGCCGGAGCCGGCCCGGCGCAGGGCAUCGGCCCGCGGCUGCUGCCGCCCGCGCGGGCGGAGGCACUGGACAUGGACACGGAGGAUGACCCCUUGUUACAGGACGCCUGGCUAGAUGAGGAAGAGGAGGAGGUUGCCUUCACCACACGGAAGAAGUGGGAGGGUGCCCUGUUGUGUGGGAAAAGCCCAUGGAGAGUCAGGCCCCUGCAUACCACGCUGCCGGUGACUGGCUUCUGGAACAUUGUUGGCUGGAUAUUUACCAACCCGUACUGUGCUGGCUUCAUCCUUUUCCUGGGCUGUACCAUCCCUGCUGCGCUUGCUGUUGUCAUGUUCCUCCACUACCCAGCCCUGGACAUUGACAUCUCCUACAACGCCUUCGAGAUCCGCAACCACGAGUCCUCUCAGCGCUUCGAUGCGCUCGCCUUGGCCCUCAAGUCCCAGUUUGGGUCGUGGGGCCGGAACCGCCGGGACCUGGCUGACUUCACCUCUGAAACCCUGCGGAGGCUUAUCUUUGAGCAGCUCCAGCAGCUGCACCUCAAUGUCUCCCACCUCGGGGGCACCGCGCGGGCCAAGCGCGGCGUGCCAGAAGGCAGGACUACCUCCCCCAAGCCCCAUGCCCGCCUGCGGGUGGGAAACCAGACUUUCCGAGUGGCGAGGGGUGCUCCGCGCUGGGACUACUCCAGCUCUUACGUCAGUGCCAACACGCAGACACAUGCCCACUGGCGCAUCGAGCUCAUUUUUCUGGCUCGGGGGGACUCCGAGAACAACAUCUUCACCACUGAACGCCUGGUUACCAUCCACGAGGUCGAGCGCAAGAUCAUGGACCACCCUCGCUUCCGGGAGUUCUGCUGGAAGCCCCAUGAGGUCUUGAAGGACCUGCCCCUGGGCUCCUACUCCUACUGCUCCCCUCCCAGCUCCCUUAUGACCUACUUCUUCCCCACUGAAAGAGGAGGGAAGAUUUACUAUGACGGCAUGGGACAAGACCUUGCUGACAUCCAAGGGUCCCUGGAGCUAGCCAUGACUCACCCCGAGUUCUACUGGUACGUGGACGAGGGGCUGUCUGCCGAGAACAGGAAGAGCUCCCUGCUGCGGAGCGAGAUCCUCUUUGGGGCACCGCUGCCAAACUACUUCUCGGUGGAGGACCGCUGGGAGGAGCAGCGCCGCAAGUUCCAGAGCUUCGUCGUCACCUACGUGGCCAUGCUGGCCAAGCAGUCCACAAGCAAAGUGCAGGUGCUGUACGGAGGGACGGAUUUGUUUGACUACGAAGUGAGGAGGACCUUCAACAAUGACAUGUUGCUGGCCUUCAUCAGCAGUAGCUGCAUAGCUGUCUUAGUCUACAUCCUUACCUCCUGCUCAGUAUUCCUGUCAUUCUUUGGCAUUGCCAGCAUUGGGCUAAGCUGCCUGGUGGCUCUGUUCCUGUACCACGUCGUAUUUGGGAUCCAGUACCUGGGCAUACUCAAUGGUGUGGCUGCCUUUGUCAUUGUGGGGAUUGGGGUUGAUGAUGUCUUUGUUUUCAUCAACACUUACCGCCAAGCCACCCACCUCAAGGACCUGCGACUGCGCAUGAUCCACACUAUCCAGACAGCAGGAAAGGCCACCUUCUUCACUUCCCUGACCACAGCUGCUGCAUAUGCUGCCAACAUCUUCUCUCAGAUCCCAGCCGUGCAUGACUUUGGCCUCUUCAUGUCGCUGAUUGUGUCCUGCUGCUGGGUAGCUGUGCUCUUCACCAUGCCAGCUGCUCUUGGAAUAUGGACCCUUUAUGUGUCCCCACUAGAGAGCUCCUGUCAAACCAGCUGCAGUCAGAAGUGUACCAGAAAGAAUGCAUUGCACCUGGCUGAAGAUCUCUUCAUUUCCUCGGAGGCCACCUCCAGAGCAGGCCAAGAGACACUUCCCUAUCUGGACGAUGACAUCCCGCUGCUCAGCGUGGAGGAGGAGCCUGUCUCCCUGGAAAUGGGUGAUGUGCCCUUGAUAUCUGUGAUGCCAGAGAAUCUGCAGCUUCCUGCAGAGAAGAGCAACGGGAGUCACUUGAUAGCACAUCUGCAGGAGCUGCUGGAGCACUGGGUGCUGUGGUCUGCAGUGAAGAGCAGAUGGGUGAUUGUGGGGCUCUUCCUCCUCGUUUUGCUCCUGUCCAUAUUCUUUGCUAGUCGUCUCCGUCCAGCUAGCCGUGCUCCAGUCUUGUUCCGGCCAGACACUAACAUCCAGGUGCUGCUAGACCUGAAGUACAACCUGAGUGCUGAAGGCAUCUCCUGCAUUACCUGCUCAGGUUUGUUUCAGGAAAAGCCCCACAGUUUGCAGAACAACAUCCGAACCUCCUUGGAAAAAAAGAAGAGAGGCUCAGGGUUGCCUUGGGGAAGCAAAGGGAGCAUAAGUGAUACAGGGCAGCAAGAUCUCCAGGGGACUGUGUAUAUCUCCAAGUCCAGAGGCAAGGGAAGACCAGCCAUCUACAGGUUCUCGCUCAACGCCAGUGUCCCUGCCCCCUGGCAGACGGUGUCAGCGGGAGAUGGGGAGGUGCCUUCAUUCCAGACAACUGGUGAGCAGUCGACACUGCUCGUGCGCAGACCGUGUUGGACACAUGCCUACAGGAGAACCUGCUUUCGGAUCUCCCUCUCCCUGCACAGAGCAGUCACCAUCCAGCCUAGGGCCAUGGAGAAUGGGGGUGUAGGGCUGCUUAAGCAGACGAGCCCCAGGAAGUGGAUGAUGACCACCUUGUCCUGUGAUACCAAGAGAGGCUGGAAGUUCGACUUCAGUUUCUACGUGGCCGCCAAGGAGCAGCAGCGAACGCGGAAACUGUAUUUCGCCCAGUCGCACAGGCCUCCUUACCAUGGCCGAGUAUGUGUGGCACCUCCUGGCUGUCUCCUCAGCUCUAGCCCAGAUGGACCCACCAAAGGCAUCCUUUAUGUUCCCAGUGAGAAAGCAGCACCUAAAGCAAAGCUCUCAGCUACUUCUGGAUUUAAUCCCUGCAUGAAUACUGGCUGCGGGAAGCCAGCAGUGCGGCCACUGGUGGACACGGGAGCCAUGGUGUUCGUGGUGUUUGGUAUCCGAGGGGUUAAUCGUACUAGACGCCCGGACAACCACGUCAUUGGAGACAUGGGCAGCGUUAUCUAUGAUGACAGCUUCGACCUCUUCAAAGAGAUUGGCAACCUGUGCCGCCUCUGCAAAGCCAUCGCCAGCAACGCUGAGCUGGUGAAGCCAGGAGGGGCUCAGUGCCUGCCCUCCGGUUAUAGCAUCUCCUCCUUUCUGCAGAUGUUGCACCCUGAGUGCAAGAACAUCCCUGAGCCGAACCUGCUGCCAGGGCAGCUCUCUCACGGGGCGGUGGGAGUGAAGGAUGGAAAGGUGCAGUGGAUCUCAAUGGCAUUUGAAUCGACAACCUACAAAGGGAAAUCUUCCUUCCAGACAUAUGCCGACUACCUGAAAUGGGAGACGUUCCUGCAGCAGCAACUUCAGCUCUUCCCGGAGAGCUCUGCUCUCCGACGUGGCUUCCAGACCUGUGAACACUGGAAGCAGAUCUUCAUGGAGAUCAUAGGAGUGCAGAGUGCCCUGUAUGGUCUCAUCCUCUCGCUGGUUAUUUGUGUGGCUGCCGUGGCGAUAUUCACCACUCAUAUCCUCCUCCUGCUGCCAGUGCUGCUCAGCAUUUUAGGCGUGGUCUGCUUGGUGGUGACCAUCAUGUACUGGUCUGGCUGGGAAAUGGGGGCUGUGGAAGCCAUUUCCCUCUCCAUCCUCGUUGGCUCCUCCGUCGAUUACUGCGUGCACCUGGUGGAGGGCUACCUGCUGGCAGGGGAACACCUGCCGCUGCACCAGGCGGAGGACCCCACAGCAUGCCGCCAGUGGAGGACGAUCGAAGCGGUCCGUCACGUGGGGGUGGCGAUUGUCUCGAGCGCUGUCACCACAGUGAUCGCUACCGUCCCGCUCUUCUUCUGCAUCAUUGCCCCUUUCGCCAAGUUUGGGAAGAUUGUGGCCCUCAACACAGGAGUCUCCAUCCUGUACACGCUAACUGUGAGCACAGCCCUGCUAAGCAUCAUGGGGCCUGGCACCUUCAUCCGGAGCAGGACUUCCUGCCUCAAGGCCUUGGCGGGGGUGCUUCUCGCUGGCCUGCUGGGCCUAUGCAUCUGCCUUGCCCUGCUGAAGAGUGGAUUUAAGAUCCCUCUCCCUAGUGGGACAGCCCUGUAGACCCUAUGCCAAGAGCUACAUGCUCUGUCCUCUUGCUCACUUUUCUGUUUUCUUUUUCUUUUUUUAAAGGAUAUCUUUUGUAAGAAAAAAAAAGAGGAAAAAAAAUCCCUUUUUUCCAGAAGUUUUUCAACUCCAGAUGCACUUUAUUUUCUAAUGGGUUUUGCUCUAAACUUGUAUUUAUUUCAGUAGUGAUGGAUGGAUGACUGACAGCAAGGGCUGCCCAGGGGAUACCUCAGCCAGAAAAUAGCAGGGGAGGAGGUGUCCUUCUCUUCUCAGUUUUCUUUCUGCUUUGCUUUUCUUUUUUAAAUGAACAGAGUUUUCUGGAACCACAAAGGUAAAGGGAAGAAGUCAGGUAGGCCAUCUGAUCCCUUUCAAACCCCUUCCCUUCUUCCCCCUCUUCCCCUUGGCCAGGGUCAGUGUUGCAGUGAUGGCUCUUGAAGGGAUGUCCUGCCUCCACCCCAGGCCUGUGCAUUGCUACCCGAGCCUUUGAAAACAGCAGUGAGCUGAUGAACAGGCAGGGGAAUAUCGCUAUUUGGGCCCCUCUGCCAUACCCUGUGCUAAAGCUAGGCCAGGAGUGAGCUUACUGGACAGAAGACACAUUUCCAAGCCUUGUGGGAUCUGCACUGGAGAUGCAAAGAAGCCAAGGCAGUAACAGUGCCCUGCUCCUGCGCCGCACGUGGCCUCACCAGUCUCUGUGCCUGCUCUUUGUUGUGGAGAGAGAACAGAAGUCCUUCAGCUCCCCAUAGAGCCUUCUGCUCCUGGUCAUGGUAGUCAGCUCACAGUCUGAGUAGGAGAUAACCACUGGGGCCAGGCGGAGCCCCUGGCUGGGGGUGUGCACAGAUAAACAGAGCUGCCUCCCCCGUGGCAGCUUAGAUGCUUGUGGAGACAUGAAGGCAGCAGAGCUUCAGCCCACGGCUGCUGCCUGCUCAGAGCAGAUGGUUUAUAUUAAAGUAAAAUGAAAUUGCAAACUGGCGCCAUUAACAAGUACAUUUUAAGCAUCACUGAUUCCAUCAUAUUCUUAAAAUUGAAAUAACUAAGUGUGUGCAUUGAUAUGCAACACAUCUGGUCCCCAGCAGAAGGGGAGGGGUCAGGCCCACUGGGAACUGCAUUAAACAUUAUUUACAGGGAUGCCAACAGAGGGAGGCGGCCGGAACGCGGCCUGACUCCUCAUUUGUUUGCAGAUACUACAUCCCCGGUGGUUUUGCAUUCUCUGUCUGGAUUGACCCCCUUUUUAAAAUGGAAAUGCCAGGAAGCCAGUCCCCACUGCCAGCUGCGUUCUGGGGACCAGGCUGCUGAGACCAGCAGCUGCGCCAGUCUCUUACAUCUUUGCAUCGUGCCUUUGCUGGUUCCCUCUAAGAGUGGGAUCCUCCCUGAGAAAAUGGAUCAAGCAUUUAUUCCUAAAGCAAGUGCUCAGCUCCCCUAGGCCUCAGCUGGAUGGGCAGUGCCAGGACAGGGCUCUUGUUGGGCCUCACUGAUGCCAGGGGAAACCCAGAGCAGUUCUGCUGCAGGCAGUGAGGCUGGGGAGAGCAUGAGCAGAUCAGACCCGUUUUUUAUAGCUGCUUUGCACAGUUUGGCCCCAGCUUUGAUUUUCAAGCGCUCCUUUCCCCGAUGUCUGUUCUCCAAAUUGAAAUACCAGUGGUGCCCCGAGUGUCCCUACGGGGCAGCAAGCGUAGAGGGCAGCGUGCUGACAGCAUACAGCACUGGGAGACCUGCGCGGCUGUGGGAGUGCUGCCAGGAGAGAGCAAGGGAGGCCCAGUGCUGCGGAGGAGGCCGUGGCUGGCAGCUUGACUUGGAUCCAGCUGAUGCUUCAGCCUCCUCAGGGUGAUAAAGCUGAUGGUUAUUUCCAGGUCACCAGACAGGAGAGGAAGGUAUGAAGUAUGCAGCUGCACAAAGUCCCUCCUUUUGUGAGCAUGGAGAAGCCUUGAAGGAUCAUAAAGCAGAUCUUUGCCUUGUCUUUGAAUCCUGCAAAACGUAAAGCUCGUUCAAGCCCCAGGAGUCCUAUGUUUUUGUUCACUACGAAGAGGCUGUGCAAGCCCCUCACCUCCAGCAUGAUGCUGGGCACACCGUGCUGGGACCAUUCUCAGCUGCUCUUGGAAGGCAAAAAUUAACUUUAGAGCAGUGGCAAACCUUUUAUGUCUCCUGAGCCUGAUCUGGCAGGGUGCUAGAAGUUGCCAGCAGUUUGCUGGGCUUCUGCAGACAAAAAUAACAGUUCUUAGCAUCUGACAGAUUUUGUUCCCUUUUCUGGAGCAGGCAGGAGAAAGCACAGGCUGUCAUUUUCCCUUCUCAUCCAGGCCCAGCUCUGGCAGUAAGGGUGGCUGGUAAUAGCAAGAGCAGGAUAUGACCUUGACCUUGCAUGUCCAAGAUGGUAGUAGGAGCGUGCUGGGAGAGCAAUGUCUGGGGCAAUUUGAAAAGGAAAAAGACUGAGAGAAGUGCAGAGCUGUAGCAGAUGAAUCACAGAGGCACAUUGAGGAGAUCAGGCAAGGAAACUGAGGCAGAGAGGAGGAGGAACUUGCUCCAGAUUGUGGUAGGAUGGCAGAAGUGCCAGGAGGUGAUCCAGCAUCCUGCCCCCUAGACAAUGCUUUUCACCACAAAGACCUGCUGGACACUGGUGAGCUGAAAACUUAAUUAAACAUAGUCAUGUCAUUUGUCUUUUCUUGAAGAUCUAACUAGAUGUUUGCACAGCUCAGCGUGGGGGAUAGUUAACAUUUUCUCCAUGUGCCCUGGAGUGGAAGACACUUAGACCUGGGGCCCAGCCUUCCCCAAAAUGCUUACAGUGCCCUGAUCUCCCCAAGCACUUGUGGAGACAGUAAAUCACUGGCAAAUAUGUACAUCCAUCUCCAGGUAGGCAGGGUUCUCCUUGCCAUUAGAAAAUAAUCCUAAAAUUAGAGAGGCAGAAAAACAGAUGGGUUUAUCUGAGCAAAUGCGAAGGUGGGACUGACAGCCCUGCUGGGAAUCAGCACUCUGCGGCAGAUGCUCACAGCAAUAAAAAGCAAGGCCUCACCUGUUUGGCAUGGUUCUGGCAGCAGAUGCUCCCCUAAAUUAAUUCCCCCCCCCCCCCACCUCUGCCUAUCUUCUUUCUUUAAUGACUCCUCUGUUGCCCAGACCAGCUCUUGGGCCCUGUCACCUUGCUGAGCAAGGUUCACCUUCUCUGUGGUAGCUGCUCUCACCUAAGGUGCUUGCAAAGUCUGGACUAAAAUGUAAUGAAAAUUUUCUGAGGGAGAGUUUCUCAGGCAGAAAAUGCUACUGUGUUAAAAUGCUUCAUAAAAAGGUAUCAAUUUUGAUGUUUUUAAACAAUUGAAUGCAGCAGCCCAGUGUCAUGGAAAUAUUCCAUCCCACCCUUACUUGGAAGAGAAUGCUCCAAUUUUCCAUUUCAAAACAAUCUUUUUGCUGCAAUUAAAAAAAAAAGUACACAACUCACUAGUCAUAGCACACUGAAAUGAACUAUUUCUGUUCACUGCCAACUCUUUUUAUUCUGAGAAAUCCUGUUUUGAAGGAUAUAUUCUUAAAAGUUGAUCUUUCAGAGUGGGGGGAUCAUUCUAAAACUGUGCAGUUUCCUUCAAAAUGGGGCCGGUCCUCGCCUGACCAGGAGCCCUCUCCUGACCAGCCAGGGCAGGAGCAGAAGGCCAUUGCUCGCUGUUUUUGAAGCACUGAUGCUAUGUGCAGAACUGAUGCAGCUGCCUGUCUUUGACAGAGCUGCUGAGAUGAAAGCUGCCCCUGGCCAGGGACACUGGGGGAGCAGGUCCCUGCUCAUAACAGCCUUGUCUACAUGAGCUUUGGAGGGAAGAGCAGCAGAACUGAAGUGAUUUGAAAGAUCAGUGUCAGAGGCAGGAGUAGACCCAGGUCUCCUCCCUCCGUUCACUUCCCUGUACUGCAGUGUCUCUUGAGUUGCUGGGUCUGUCCAGGCAACAGGGACAUCAGGGUUGGCCACCUACCCUGACAGUUUUCAAGGCUGUAGAUACUGGAAGAAGCUUGGUGACUGAGCUGGGCUAUGUUCCCUGCUAGAUCUAAAACUACACCAGGGCAAAGCCUGGGAAUUGCCAGAGAGGAGGAUGUGUGGCUUGCCUGCAGCGUCACUGGGACCACUGACCCGAUAUCUCCUGAGACCCCUUGCUUUGUCGCUGCUGGGGCAAAUUGGGCUGUUGCUUGAUGUCAUGGCAUCUAACUCUUUUAGCUUUUCCUGCACUGAAUUUUCUUACCAGAGCAGCCUGCUCUCCUGGAAGGUUAUAAAAGGCCUGUAAUUUAACCCAGUGACAUGCAUAAAUCCUUCCACGCUGUCCAGCAAGGAAGCUCUGCUGCUUAUAUACAGCCAAGCAGGGCAACUUCAGUCUCUUGGUUAUUCACCUCAGCUAACUCCUCUGUCCUGGCUUAGUACCAGGUGCCCUGCAGUUAGAUGUCUUUCAAGGCCUGCCCCCAGCCUGAGGACACGGUUGUUUGGUGUCCCUUCUCCCCGUCACUCCUGGUUUGGGCAGUUCCUGGGAGGGCAGAGGAGCAGGUGGGUUGUGGUGGGGAGCUGGAAGAGGGGGGAGAGAGUCAGUGGGAGGGUGGACGGGUGAAGAGCCAAGGGAAGGACGAGGGGAGGGGAGGGAACUGCCGUUUCCCUGUGUCGCGCGUAGAGGGUCGGUUCUCAGAGCGACGUAGCACAAUUCCCGAUGUAACGUACGCGUGUUACUUUUGUAAGUUGUCUCCUACCCUCACUAUUUUCAGUGUUCCUUGAUUUUUGGAGACUGUUGUAAAUAAAAGAUUUUGACAUUCA